UAGGUUAGACACAAGCCUCCUAGGCUCUCCUCCAUGUCCAAGCCGUUUCUAGGCUUUGUUCGAAAUUUCGUUCGACGAGUCAUUCGUUCACGAAUAAUAAGGAAUAAUUUAUCUUUUUUCUUCCACUUUACCCCCACUUUUCUACAUCAAUUACUGAUUUCAUUUCCAAUUUUUAUAUUAUUCGUGAGUCCUCUCUGGCUCUCUCCUCUUCUUCGCUUCACAUACACAAAAGAAACAACUCCAAUUUCUGUCAAGGAUCGAUCAAUCCAUGCGCUUCUCAGAUUCCGUUCUGUUUUACAGAUGACACAAACGAACCCAUUUUGGAGGGAAUUUAGCACAUUGCUUUGGGAUUAUAAAGUUGGUUUCUGUAGGUGGGGUUUCAUGGAUUGAACUCGAGGAAUGAUGGGUAGCUUAAGUGACGAUGGUGAGGAAUGUAGAUUCUUUGAUGCUUAUGAUGACAUUGCAUCAGUUCACAGUUGCCCCGAGUCUUCUGAUUCUUGCCAUGGGGUGGACAAUUCUGUGUCUAGUAGUUCUGAAUACGAUGUGUGGAUUAGGAGUCCCCGAAGCGUUGAAGAGCGCCGUAGUAAAUUCUUAAAUUGGAUGGGAAUGGACUUGGAUUGGUUUGCGUCCAAGAGUUCUAUAAAUGUCUGCAGUGACGUGCUCAAAGAUGGGUUUAAUUGCCUCACAAGGAAUAGUGGGGCUCUUCCAAGAACCCUUAGUUUUGAAGAUGAGUUUUCUUCUAGUCAGUCUACCAUGUCAAGUUUGUCCAAGGAUGCUUCAGAUUUGUGCGAAGAAUUUGGUUCAAAUACGUGCAGAACUUGGAAUUCGGAUGGUGCAGCAGAUCGUAGUUUUGAUGAUUCGGAGCAGGAUGAUAAGCAGGGUAAGGUUAAAGUAGUGGGUUCACAUCAAUUAGUGAUGUCUGAAGAAUCUAAGAAUGCUUCUGGAUCCUCUCCAUCAGUUCAGCAACUCAGGCAGAAGGCAACUGAAGUUGCUAGCAAUUCUGUGGGAAUGAUGAAUAGAAUUAAGAACCGGUGGUUGAGUAGAUUACGUUGCAUGAAGUUCAUUGUGGAUAGGCAAGGAAAGGGUAAGAAUUUGAGACCAAGUGCCUCUGACCCAAUUAGGGGGGCCAGGGUUCAGAAUGUUAGGGUUCGCCAUCGCAGAAAGCAAUCCAAGGAGCUCUCAGCUCUUUUUUUGGGACAAGAUAUCCAGGCCCAUGGGGGUUCAAUCUUGACUAUGAAAUUUAGUGUUGAUGGCCAGUAUCUCGCUAGCGCUGAUGAAGAUGGGAUAGUGCGUGUGUGGCAAGUGGUGGAGGAUGAGAGAUCAAAUGAAGUUGAUAUUCCAGAGUUUGACCCCUCUUGCGUAUACUUCACCGUCAAUCAUCUCUCUGAACUGGCUCCAUUAACUGUGGAUAAAGAGAAACUGUGUUUAUUGAAGAGCCUGACGAAAACAGUGGACUCAGCUUGUGUCAUCUUCCCUCCAAAGGUAUUCCGCAUAUUGGAGAAAAUGCUGCACGAAUUCCGUGGACACAGUGGUGAGAUCUUGGAUCUCUCAUGGUCGAAGGAUAACUAUCUGCUGUCAGCAUCGGUUGAUAAAACUGUUCGUUUGUGGCGAGUCGGAUGUGACCAUUGCGUUAAAGUCUUUUCACACAGUAACUAUGUGACCUCUGUUCAGUUUAACCCUGUGGACGAUAAUCACUUCAUCAGUGGUUCAAUAGAUGGAAAAGUUCGAAUUUGGGUAAUUAGUGGUUGCCAAGUCGUUGAUUGGACUGACAUAAGAGAUAUUGUAACUGCUGUGUGUUAUCGCCCAGAUGGUCAGGGUGGGAUUGUUGGCUCCAUUACUGGCAAUUGCCGCUUUUACAAUAUAUCAGAUAACCACUUGCAACUGGAAUCCCAGAUUUGCUUACGCAAUAAAAAGAAGUCAUCGUGCAAAAGGAUAACUGGCUUCCAGUUCUACCCACAAGACCCAAGCAAACUAUUGGUCACUUGUGCCGAUUCAAAAGUGAGGAUCCUUCACGGAAUUAAUGUGAUUGGCAAAUACAGUGGCCUCCGAAAUGCUGGAAACCAGAUCUUUGCAUCUUUUACCUCAGAUGGAAAGCAUAUUAUCUCAACAAAUGAGGAUUCUAAUGUGUACAUAUGGAACUGCAUUAGUCAGAAAGAGUCUUCUCUGACCCAACCAAGAAAAAUUAAGUCCUGCGAGCACUUUUCCACGAAUGCAGCAGUUGCAAUACCUUGGUCUGGCUUGAAAUUUGAGAACUCAGAAAAUGGAGGAUCACCUAACACAUGUCCUCUCUCUUCACCCACUUGUUUCUCGUUGAAGCAACAGUUCAUUUUAGAGUCAUUUCCCAAGGGAUCUGCAACUUGGCCCGAGGAAAAGCUUCCUACUUCAAGCCCAUUGGCUCUGCCAUCAGCAAUUCGUAAGUCUCAAUACAAGUUUCUGAAAAAUUCUUGCCAGAGCACAUCCAGUUCUCAUGCAUGGGGUCUUGUUAUUGUUACUGGGGGAUGGGAUGGGCGAAUUAGGUCAUUCUAUAAUUAUGGCUUACCAGUUCCGCUUCGAAAUUAUAGAGGCUUUUAGGUCCUUGGAGAAUCAUAGAUGAUUCCUUUUCCUUUGGUUAGGCACUUUGUUUUUCUCAGUGCCAGCUUAGUGCGAGAUGGUUUGCUGCAAAUUCAUUGUUGAAUGGGUUGGCACAUAAAGUUGAUUUUGGCAGCAUCAGACCUGCAGGUUGCAGUUGACUACUUCGUAGGGCAUGUGGAGUGUCAAUUUAUGUUUUUUUUUUAAAUUUUGGCACCAUCAGCAUCAGAUCUGAAUUAGGUCAUGGCAGUUGCAAGGGAUUCAUGGCUGUAGUGUGAUCCGGCUAGGAACCAACAAAAGGCCACUUUCCUGAAUUAUGCACACCUUGCUUAAUUCAAGGAUUGUUUAAUUUGUUUAUUGGAUAAGUAUAUUUGUGCUGACCUAAAGAAUAACUUGUCACGUGUUAAGAGAGGCCCAUUGAGAUUGCAUAUGUUUAUAAAUUUAUAAUGGAGGUCUCUGUGGGGCCUUGUUGAACAUCUUCCAUUUCUUCUUUAAAAUGGGACCGAGAGAUUGCAGUGCUUGUGGUUGGAAUUUGUUUGAAGAAGAAAAGAGUGGGAUCUUUGGCCUUUUAUAAUAUGUUGGCGGGUCUGAAUGAUGGAGAUUGCCUGCCAUUUGGUUUGUUCGACGGUGGGGUCAGUGGCGGUUGGGCUUUUGCGAAGGUGGUGUAGUGCGCCAUUUUCUGCUGAACAGACUGAUUGUUGUCUCUGCCCUGUUCUUGAAAUGUAGAUGAUCCAGACAGAUUACGUUUUGAGUCGAACGAUUUCUUGGUUUUGACAGGUAAAUAGGUAACUUUGUUCCUGACUGGUAUUCGGCAAUCUUUUUAUUUACUGACAGAGAUUAUAGAUGCCAUCAUCAAAAUUUGUAUGCUGUAGUAACGGCCUUGAGUUACUAAGUUUUCUAUGUAGCAUGUAUAUCUGUAUUUGUACAGAGAUAGAUCUACUA